AGGUUUGGGAGUUUGAAUCAGAAAUCGUUGCCUCUCUGAUUCAAAUUCCGGCGAAGAAUCCGAAAUGGCUUCGAAGACGAAUCCGUCUCUGAUGCCGGAGAUCGGACCCGACGGCCUUGCUCGCGAGGCCUCCGUCAUUACCUACACUGAGAAAGUGAUCGAGGAAGAACAGCAUCAAUUGAGAAAAUAUAUAGAAGAAAAUUACUCUAAAAUCCGCGAUGUUGAACGAGAGUUUGCAAGUCUUUCAAUGGAGAUGAAACUCACAGCUGGGCCGAAAAAAUCAGCUCUUGAACACUUGAGGAAGAAAAUAGAGAUAGCAACAGAGAGAAUUCAUGCUGCGAAACUGAAGGAAGAUCAAGCAAAAAAGGCAUGGGAAGCAGCAGCAAAGGUUGUUAAGGAUGAGGAAGCCAUCAAGCAGAAGCUGUGUGAUGACUUAAAUAGUCUGGUACAAGAAAGCAGCAAUACUCAGUUUUCAAGACUGGAGGAGUUAAAAAGACGACUUGAAGCUUUGAACCCAACUAGAGCAUCGGCCUCAGUUUCUCUUGAUGGGAACUCAAUGGGACUUGCUCAAAGUGUCACCACUCCAGAUUCCUCUCAGGUUCCUGGUGGAGUCGCUGAUAACAUGCCUAAUCAAGGAAAUGCUGGAAACGUUCCGGUCAUGAAUGGGAACAAUCAACAGGCUCCUGUUGAGGGUGAAGGAAGAGGAAAGAAGAAAAGCCAGUACCAUGGAAGAGGAAAGGGACUUGGAGCCGUGCCCAAGGGUAGAGGACCUCCUGCACCUGGCUGGACGGGGUCUGGGUUUGAUGUGGAUGGUAGAAAUUAGAAGCAUUACAUCAGAUUCCCUCAUUGCUGAAGCCAUUGGAUAAGCCUUAGGGAUAUAUUCUUUAGUUCAUCUUUCUUUCCUUGGGUUACUUCCUGGGCUCUGUUCUCCUUCCCUUGUAUUCUGUCAACUGUCAUAUGGGAAGUGCAAUCCAACUCUCCACUGCUUCCUCACACCAGUGUAUCUAGCCAGUAUCAUCUCACUAGUCAUGAAUCGAGAACAUAUGUUACUUGUUAAUCGUUGUUAUAUAGUCAUUCAACAUGAAAAUCUUAUAUUCGAGGAACCAUUUCUUGAUCCUUCUUAAUGGUCAAGAUAUGUAUCGUCUCUAUCAGCUAUCAAUAAGCAGUUAAUUGAUUUGUGAGGUUGAUAAAAGUGAAAUCAUUCCCCUCUUUAAUGUAUCUUCGAUCAUAAUCCCAAAUGAUUGAACUUCAAAGGACAUGUAUUAUGCCAUAAAUUCUUGGUACUCAGAUGUCAGAAAGGUAUACUUAAUUU